UCGCGUGUAUAGCUGUAUAAUUACAUCUUUAUACAGAAUAGGUAUAAAAAUUUAUUUACAUCAGAGAAUUGAGAAUAUAUACUAAUAGGUGUAUUUUUAUUAUUUUGAACUGCGUUACCAUGGAUACCUAACCUUGUUAAAUAUAGGUCGAAAGUUAACACAUUUUUUCUACCCAAUAGUUCGUGACUUUAUUUAACUCUUUUUUUUUAAUGGCUUUUAUUCAACGUAAAGGAACAGCUUUGCAGUUUGAAAUUGAAUUUGCAUCUGGUGAUCAUGUAAAAAAUGACGUCGAAAAAAAUAUUGGGAACGUCACAAAAACAUCUGUGGAAAGAAACGUUGCUAAUAACGAGUAUGGAGCGGAACUGGAUUUGAAUCUAGAAUUUAGUUCUGAUAUUUCUGAAGAUGAAUCUGCAUACGAAGAGUCACAGAGUUUUGAAAUUCUUAAAUUUAAUGAUAAGAAAUCGGAAUUAACAGCAGUAUCUUUAAAUAAAUUUCCCUCAAAGGGCAUUCCAACAUUCCAACUUCCAACUUCCACAUUUAUUGCUAGACAUGAUAUUAAUUUAGGCAAAAAAGAGGUUCCACCUUCUAAAGUACGUAAAAGUACAUCUGUUAAUCUAGAAGACAGAUUAAGAUGCCUGAGUCUUAAUGAAGUAGAUCCCGUAAAUAAAGAACCACCAGGAUUGAGAGGAAAAAAUAUGAGCUUUACCAAUGAUCAAAUGAUGCAAAUUGAGCGUGAUAAUGUAAUAUUAUUAAGAAAAAUUAUGGUCCAACAGAAGCCAUUGAGAAUAAGGCAAACAUCUGGACGAUCAAAAAUGAGUAACUCUGCAAUCAAUAGACAAAGAUUUCAAAGAAAAAUAGAAGGAGAUAACUUGUUUUUACUUCGAAGAUUGCAACAGGCAAAACCUUGUAUCGCUAAUACACAUAAGAUAUCAGGCUGUAGAAGAACAAUUUUUGAAAACUUUUGAUUACCGCAAAUACAAGGUCGUUUUUUAUAUUUUUGUUGAUAAAUUGCAUACAUAUCUAUUUC